AUGGAACCUCCGAGAGGCAAUCUGAGAGCGGUGGCUCUUAUCGCCGGAGAAAACAACGUCCGAGGCUGUCUUCAAUUCAUACAAGAAGCUUCCGGAGCUACUCAUGUUACAGGGAAGAUCACAGGACUCUCUCCUGGCUUCCAUGGAUUUCAUAUUCACUCUUUUGGUGAUACCACUAAUGGUUGCAUCUCUACUGGAACUCACUUCAAUCCAUUAAAUCGAGUUCAUGGCCCACCGAAUGAGGAAGAGCGUCAUGCGGGCGAUUUGGGUAACAUUCUUGCAGGAUCAGACGGUGUUGCUGAAAUCUCAUUCAAAGACAAACAGAUACCGCUAAGUGGGCAGUAUUCGAUACUCGGGAGGGCGGUUGUUGUACAUGCUGAUCCUGAUGACCUUGGCAAAGGAGGACAUAAGCUUAGCAAAUCAACAGGAAACGCAGGCGCAAGAGUUGGAUGCGGUAUCAUCGGCCUACAAUCAUCUGCGGACGCUAAACUAUAG